CCCUAAAUUUCUUCCCCUUCUCACUUCUCUCUCUCUCCCCUUCCCUGCUGUCCCUUCUCUCUCUUUCCUAAGGAUGAGAUGAGUGAGUCAUGACCCUCUUCUCAAAACGCCGUAACGGAUUCUCUCCCAAAACGCCGUUACUUCCUCACACGUUUACUCACGUGCGUUGAGAAUAUCGGUAAAAAAAAAAAAAAAAAAAGAAGAUUUGUUUCCUUUUCUUUUUCUGGUUUUGAUGGCUCUUGAGCAGUUGAGUCUAGUUUCAAACCCCGUUGACGGCGUUACUAACGGCGUAGAGGGUCGUCCGGCGUCGACUGACGGCGGAGAUGACGGCAGCAGAGCUCCGAGACUCCCUCGAUGGACGAGACAAGAAAUCCUCGUUCUCAUACAAGGCAAGAGAGUUGCAGAGAACCGCGUUCGAAGGGGACGGACAGCUGGCAUGGCGUUCGGCUCGGGGCAGGUGGAGCCUAAGUGGGCAUCGGUCUCAUCUUACUGCAAGCGCCAUGGAGUAAACCGAGGUCCUGUUCAGUGCCGGAAAAGGUGGAGCAAUUUAGCCGGCGAUUUCAAAAAAAUCAAGGAAUGGGAGUCUCAGAUAAAGGAGGAAACGGAGUCGUUUUGGGUGAUGAGAAACGAUUUGAGGAGAGAAAGGAAAUUGCCAGGGUUUUUCGACAAAGAGGUUUAUGAUAUUCUGGACGGCGGCACCGCGGUGACCACGCCGGGACUAGCUCUCGCACUGGCCCCGGCGCCGGCUGCGUCGGGGGUAGCGGAGGAGGCCGAAGCGGUGUUUGAUAGCGGACGGAGUGCAGCAGCUGAGGACGGCCUGUUCUCGGAUUUCGAGCAGGAAGAGGCGACUGGGAGCCCGGAUAAGGAUGCUGCUAAGCCCGUUGCAGCUCCUGUUCCUAUUUCUGUUUCAGAGAAGCAGUACCAGCAAUCUCCUUUAGGAGCAUGUCCAGGUCAAGGUGCUGUCGAUGAUAAACAACCAGCAUCAGUUCCCGAAAUAGGCUCUACUUCUCAAGAACAAAGGAAACGGAAGCGAUUGGCAACAGAUGGAGACGAGGAAAUGAGCAACCUGCAGUCCCAAUUGAUUGACAUCUUGGAAAGGAAUGGGAAAAUUUUAACCGCUCAACUUGAAGCUCAGAACAACAACCUUCAAUUGGACAGGGAGCAGCGGAAAGAUCAUGCUGAUAGCUUGGUUGCGGUUCUUAAUAAGCUCGCUGAUGCUCUUGGGAGAAUAGCCGACAAGUUGUAGCAGAGACAGGCUUACAGGGGAUAUUGGUGUACAGUUGAUGUUUUAUAGAAGUUAGCUGGAGUUGAAGAUGGAAUUGAAGGAAGAUGUCUUUAAUAUUCUUGUUUACUUUUGCCACUUUUUUUGUGGCUUAUUGGCAUUAUAGGGUUCAUACACACACACAAUAAACUUAGGAUGCAAUAUUGAGUCUUUAGUCUUUAAUUUGUUGUCUUUGGUUUGUGAUUGUAAAGGCAAUUUAUUUCACUUUGCAACAUAUUAUCAUAUAUCCAAAUCUUAUGUUAAUUUUCAGCUUUA